AUGACUGCCAAACUAUCUCGGGAUAUUGAGUACCAAGUAGAUGCUUUAGUAACCAAACUCAACCGCAGAGUGCUUGUUGGCUCGUUACCAGUUGCUCUCGAGACCUUGAGGCUAAUCCGGACUGUUAUUGGUGGAAGCAGAUGGAAUGAUGUCGAUGAACUCAAAUCUGUUAUCAUGGAGGUUGAUUCCCGUUUAGAACAAGGCCAGCCAAUUGAGCUUUCUGUUGGUAGUAUUACCAGACGAGUUCUUCAGCUGAUUGCUGAAGAAGCAACUGCGAUCGGGACAGAAUCUUCAAAACCACAGGAUUCAGAUGAAUUAGACGAAAGUGGCAGUUUUAGAGACAAUAUCCUUUUUACUAUGAAGAGUGCUCUCAAGCAGAGUUUGGUUGAAUUAAUGGACGAGCUGGAGACUGCAUCUUCAAACAUUGCAGCACAGGCAUUAGAGCAUAUUCAUUCAGAUGAAUUUAUCAUGACUAUUGGAGGCUCGCCUAUUGUAGAGCAAUUUCUUAAAGAAGCUGCAAAACUACGCCGAUUCAAGGUUAUUGUCGCCGAGACAGCACCAUUCUAUACUGGACAUGAUAUGGCAGCAUCACUGGGAAUGGCAGGAAUUGAUACAACUUUAAUUACAGAUUCAACUAUUUUUGCCAUCAUGUCUCGAAUGAACAAGGUUAUUCUUGGAACUCAUGCAGUUACUGCAAAUGGCGGUAUUGUAGCAGUCAGUGGAAGUCAUGUUGUAGCUGCUGCUGCUAAACAUCAUUCUACUCCAGUUGUAGUGUGCACUGGAUUACACACAUUGUCACCCAUCUACCCAUACGACUCUGGCGUGUUUAACCACUGUAUCAGUCCAAACACAAUGAGCAACUUUACUGAUGCUGAGAUCACGAAGAAUGUGGAUUUGUUAAAUCCCAAUUACGACUAUGUCGCACCCGAGUUUCUCUCCUUGUUUAUCACCAACAAUGGUCCUCAUCCACCUUCAUAUGUUCAACGACUAGUGGCAGACUCCUAUUAG